AUGCCAGUCACCAAACCACUCUCGUCCCUCCACCCAGUCGGAUCUGGGACCGAGGGAGACAAGCAGCAAAAACAAGGUGCGUCGUGCAUGCCGCCCACAAACCACCAACACAUGCAAGUGGUAGUAGAUGCGAGCUGCUCUUUGAUACCCUCAGUGUUGAUUAUUACCUUGGAUCUAACCGCAUUGGGUGCUGCAGGCACCGAGGCCCUUGAGUCGGUCCCUCGAACCGUGGCCGGCGUGGUCAACGACAAGGGGGAAAUCAUCGACAAGGCGGGCAAGGUCAUAGGAACCGUCCUGGACGUCAAGGACCACGAGAAGCUGGUCGGGGAUGCAGUGACGGACAAGGGAGACGUCGUCUCAGACCUGGGCGAGAGCCUGGCCAACGUCCACAUUGACGAAAACUACACGCCGACACAGGUCCCGGCACAGGUUCCCGAGAAGAAGGACGCCGCCGCCGGCUGGAAUGUUCUGGGCAAAGCCAGAACGGCCAUGCAGUACGGCGACAGCAUCCGAAACGCCGUGUCGUAUGGCCAAAACUUGCAGAGCGCCUACAACAGGUUCUCCCAGGGCCAAAAGCCCGAGGCGGACCAGAUGGGCGAGGGCGUCUCAGCGGCCAGAGAACCUGCUGGCGGCGAAGACCAGAUACCCAACCCCGUGAAAAUGGAGGACAAAGACAAGCCUGUCCAGGAAGAUGUCGGCGCUGAGACGCAAGGGUUGAAACCCCAAGACCAGAAGGGAGGAGAGGCAGCGACGUCUGCUGCCGAGGACAAGCGUGCUGCCAAGCCUGCUCUGGAUGAGGCUGGAGAGGAUGCCGGAGAACAGAUCGGCUCCUUGGCCGCCCAGAGCCCGAGACCUAUUCCUGAGGAAGGCGCCGGGGAUGUUCCCGAGUCUUCAAAGGAAACAGUUGAAACUGCUUCGGAAGGACAGAAGCCCCUCGAGGAAGUCAAAGGUGUUGCGGGCGAUGACAAGCUUGGUCAGGGCAAGGCAGCUGAGCUUGAGCGUGGAGAGGGUCAGCUUGGCGGGGACAACUUGGGCCAAGACAAGUUGGAAGCAACUAAGCCUGGUGAAGACGUUCUCAGUGAGGCCAAGGAUGAGGUCGCCAGCAGGGGUGAAAGUCAACUGGGCAAAGAUACACUGGGUGAAGAGAAGGUGAACGAAACCAUGCCUGGCCAAGACACCCUCGGCGAGGGGAAGGAUGAAAUUGCCGGCAGGGGUGAAGGUCGACUCGGUGAAGACACACUGGGCGAAACUAAGCCUGGUGAAGACACCCUCAGUGAGGCAAAGGAUCAAGGUCAACUCGGCAAACAUACACUGGGCGAAGCUAAGCCUGGCGAGGGUACCGUCGCUGAGGAUAAAGUUCAACCCGGCGAGGAUAAAUUGGGUGAAUAUGCUGUUGGUGAGGCCCAGGAUGAAGCCACAAGCAAGACUGAAGAGGGGCAACUGGGCGAGGACAAGUUAGCCGAAACCGAGCCUGAUAAAAUGGCCCUCGAUGAAGACAAAGUCCAACCAAGCGAGUCUAAGCUGGGUGAAGAGACACUUGGUGAAGCCCAGGGUGAAGUCGCAAGCAAGACUGAAGAGGACCAACUGGGCGAGGGCAAGUUGGACGAAAUCGAGCUUAAGAAAAGGGGCCUCGAUGAAGCCACAGGCCAACCAAGUGAGGGUGCAUUAGGCGAAGAAACAUUCGGUGAAGAAGCCGCUGGCAAGACUGAAGAGGGUCAACCGGGCUACGACGAGUUAGCCAAAACCGAACCUGAUAAAAUGGCCCUCAAUGAAGCCACGGGUCAACCAAGUGAGGGGGCAUUAGGCGAAGAAACCGUCGGUGAAGAAGCCACUGGCAAGCCUGAAGAGGGCCAACUGGGCGAGGAUCAGUUAGCCGAAACCGAGCUUGAUAAAAUGACCCUCGACGAGGGCAAGGCUGAAGAGGGUCAACUAGGCGAAGGCAAGUUAGACGAAACCGAGCCUAGCACCCUCGACGAGGCCAAGGAUGAGGCCACGGACAAGGUUGGAGAAGGCGCAGAGGAAGCCGGCGAGGCAGCUGAAAAACCAUUGGACUUCACUGUACUCAAAGGCACCAAGGUCAACAAAGCCGGCAACUUGGUCAAUGACAAGGGGGACAUUAUCGGAAGGCUCGUUGACGGCGACCCCAAACAGUUGAUGGGCAGAACUGCCGAUGAAGAAGGACAAAUCUGGAACGAGUCCGGCAAGAUCAUCGGCAAGGCGGAGCCCAUCUCCGACGCCGACCGCGAUGAAGCAGCCAAGGAAUUUGCGCCGUUCGAGAACUUCCCAGAUGCCGUCGUUGAAGGCGACGGACGUGUCAUGUCCGAGGGCCGGCAGGUUGGCGAAGUGAUUGAAGGCGACGCCAAGCGCAUGAAGGGCAGCCGCGUCGACGAGGACGGCGACAUUCUCGACCGUCGCGGCAACGUCAUCGGCAAGGCCAAGCCCUGGGACGAGCCAGAGGAAAUCCCCCCCGAGGUCAUCGACAUGUCGUCCCUGGCCGGAAAGAGAGUCAACAAAGCCGGCAACGUCGUCGACGCUCACGGUCAAAUCUUUGGCCGCGUCGUCGAGGGCAACGUCAAGGCUCUCGUCGGCCGCAUGUGCGACAAAGAGGGCAACAUCAUGAGCGAGUCAGGCGAGAAGAUAGGACGCGCCGAACUGGUCCCCGAGUCGGAGCGCGAGGGAUCUCGCGAGGGACCCUUUGCAGAACUGUCAGGCUGCACCGUCACCAGGGACGGAAAGGUGGUCACGCCGUCGGGUGACGUGGUGGGCAGGCUCAUCAGCGGCGACGGCAAGGUCUUGUACGGCCGGGCCGUGGACGAGGACGGCGAUGUCGUCGACAAGAACGGCAACGUCCUGGGCACGGCGGAGCGGUGGGAGGAGCCCGUGGUCGAGAAGAAGAAGGAUCCCCUUGCCGGGCGCAGAGUCAACCGCGAGGGCAACGUCGUCGACGAGGACGGCAACAUCAUUGGCAAGCUGGUCAGCGGCGACCUGAACAUUUGCUCCGGAAAGGAGAUUGACGACGACGGGGACGUGGUCAAUUCCAAGGGCAUGACCAUUGGCCACGUCAGUCUCCUCGAGGACAUUCCGCCCGAACCAGAGGAGUCUGCUGAAGACAAGGAGAAGCGAGAGCAGGCCGAAAAGGACAGGAAGCUUGCCGGCCAGCUCGCCGCCUCCAUCGAGCAGUCUCUCGACAAGAUCAAGCCCAUCCUCAGGAUGAUCACCGACAAGGUCGACAGGGCGGAGCGGACGCCAAAGGAGGAGCUGGACGAGGAACAGCUCGUCAGAGAGGUGAAGCCUCUCAUUGAAGAAGGGAGCAAAAUCCUCACCGAGACCAACGGUGUCGUCCGGGGCAUGGACCCCGACGGCCGCAUCCAGAGGCAGGCGAAACACAAGGCUUCGACAAAGGAUGCGACCCCCGAGGAGCAUCAUCUUGCCGAAGUUAUCAAAGAACUCACGGGCGACAUCACCCAAACCAUUGACAAUGCGAAGCGCAAGAUUGAAGGUAUGCCUCACGCCAAGAAGGAGUUGAAUCCUCUUUGGGGCCUCCUCUCCGAGCCGCUGUUCCAGAUUAUCGCAGCAGUUGGUCUUCUCCUCAACGGCGUUCUUAGCCUUGUUGGCCGUCUGUUGAGCGGUUUGGGUCUCGGUGGCUUGGUGGACAAUUUGCUUGGCACACUUGGUCUUAACAGGGUGCUUGAGGGCCUUGGGUUGGGUAGUGUUACGAGUGCCUUGACCGGGAAGAAGGACAAGGAUAAGAAGAAAACAACUCUCUUUUAG